CUACCAACAUUAGUCCUUCGUUCGCCGGAUAUCCCAUCGAAUCCUUUCUUCUGACCAACUCGUUUUCGUUCUGUUAACCCGUCACAAAGAAGUGUAUAAUGAUUUACUAUAUGCUUAAAUAUUUAUUUAUAAGUAGUGAUAUCAUUAACCGAGCUAUAAAAUAAUAACAUUAAGUGUUACGCAAUGUCAUUUUAAUAUAAUAUUAAUAUCGGUUUUCUAUUAUUUAUCCCGCAAAAAAAGUGUAGUAGUGUAUUGCGUAAUUUUUGUGUAUUCUUAGUGCGUCAAAAAUCACAAAACGACCACCAUGGAACGCUUCAAGGUAAUGAAAGCUUCAGGAUCCAAACACAGUUUGAACAAGUACUAUGGGGCGACUGACGAAGACGUGGAGAAUACUACCGGCUUAUUGGAGAUGACCAACAUGAAUGGAACAUCGCAGAUAGAUGACGUCGAUAAUGAAGCUACAGAGUCGAACAUGUCGGCUGGGGCCAAUGAAAAAAAUACAAAACUUCAAGGAGCAACACCGCUAAUAUUAACUCCUGCCGAUAUUGAUAUAGAAGGUGAUAUUAAAGAUGAAACAUAUAGACCAGAAAAAAAUAGAAAUUCUGGAUAUGAAACGAAUUUAUACCUAUAUUCCGAUGAAUUGGAAGAUCGUCCAGAAGUGGCUACGUUUCUUAAUUCAAUGGCCAAUUAUUCAAAUACUAUUCCGAGUGCGACGGACUCAGAAAAUAAGCCAACCACAGCCCAACCAGCUAAGAUGGGUACUUUGGUUGGGGUAUACCUACCUUGUGUUCAAAAUAUUUUUGGAGUUAUUUUAUUUAUUCGACUUUCUUGGGUCGUCGGUACAGCCGGUAUAAUCUAUGGGUUUGGCAUAGUUUUAACAUGUUGCUGUGUGACAAUGCUAACGGCCAUAUCUAUGAGCGCAAUAGCUACAAAUGGGGUUGUUCCUGCCGGAGGACCGUACUACUUAAUCUCUAGAUCUCUGGGGCCUGAGUGUGGAGGAGCUGUUGGAAUGCUUUUCUAUACAGGAAUUACCCUAGCCGCCUCAAUGUAUAUUAUAGGAGCAGUCGAAAUUAUUCUUACGUAUAUGGCGCCAGAACUAUCAAUUUUCGGCGACUUUACCAAAAACCAAUCUGCUAUGCAUAACAAUUUUCGGAUUUAUGGAACCAUAUUACUUAUGGUUAUGAGUUCAAUAGUAUACGUGGGAGUGAAGUUUGUCAACAAGUUUGCUUCUGUGGCUUUAGCUUGUGUGCUGCUUUCCAUCAUGUCUGUUUACAUUGGAAUACUUUACAAUUACAACGGAAGUGACAAACUUUAUAUAUGCACAUUGGGAAGUCGUUUACUAAAAUACAUGGAUUUGAAACACUGCAACAAAGAUGUAGGAGGAUACUUGUAUAACCUUUAUUGUGCAAAUGGCACCCAGUUUUGCGAUAAAUAUUAUACUGACCAUAACGUUACAAUAAUAAAAGGCAUACGAGGGAUCAGCAGUGGUGUUUUCUUUGAAAAUUUGUUUGGAAAUUUUAUGGAAGCGGGACAAUAUAUAUCCAGAAGUCAUGACGUUGUAGAUAUACAACCGACACAAAAAAAUUCCUAUAACAUGGUGCUUGUCGAUAUAACUACUUCAUUUACAAUAUUGAUUGGAAUAUUUUUUCCUUCGGUAACUGGAAUAAUGGCUGGUUCAAAUAGAUCUGGAGAUCUUGCAGACGCACAAAAAUCAAUACCUAUCGGUACUAUUUUGGCUAUUAUAAGCACUUCAUCUGUAUACCUAUCAGCUGUAGUACUGUUAGGAGGCACAGUUGAUAGUUUACUAUUGAGAGAUAAAUUUGGGCAAAGUAUAAAUGGUCGUUUAGUUGUUGCUAAUAUUGCAUGGCCUAAUGAAUGGGUGAUUUUAGUCGGUGCUACAUUAUCAACAUUAGGGGCAGGACUUCAGAGUCUUACUGGAGCACCUAGGCUCUUACAAGCAAUAGCUAAAGAUGACAUUAUACCAUUUCUACAACCGUUCGCCAAGUCUUCAGCGAACGGUGAGCCCACGCGUGCUUUACUUAUUACAGUAGCUUUAUGUCAAGGUGGUAUUCUGAUUGGAAACAUUGACAAUUUGGCUCCAUUGUUAGCUAUGUUCUUCAUGAUGUGUUACGGAUUUGUAAACUUAGCAUGUGUUUUACAAACAUUAUUACGUACUCCUAACUGGAGGCCUCGAUUUAAAUUUUAUCACUGGACAUUAUCAUUUACCGGGCUGACCUUAAGUAUAGCCGUUAUGUUUAUGUCAAGCUGGUACUUUGCAUUAAUAGCUUUGGGAAUGGCUGGUAUCAUAUACAAGUAUAUUGAAUAUCGAGGAGCUGAAAAAGAAUGGGGAGAUGGUAUGCGAGGGUUAGCCUUAUCGGCUGCACGAUACAGCUUGCUUCGCUUAGAAGAUGCGCCUCCACACACAAAAAAUUGGCGACCUCAAAUACUUAUGCUUGUUAAUUUUAAUGCAGAUUUACCUAAAUAUAGAAAAUUAUUCUCUUUUGUAUCACAACUAAAAGCUGGAAAGGGAUUAACAGUUACUGCUACAGUGAUUGAAGGUGAUUAUAUGAAACCUAGCCAUGACAUUCAAGCUACUAAAAAAGAACUAGUGCGGCUAAUGGAUGAAGAGAAAGUUAAAGGCUUCGCAGAUGUAUUGGUAGCUAAAGAUACAUCAGAAGGAUUGAGUCAUUUAAUUCAAAUUGCUGGUCUCGGAGGUCUUAAACCUAACACUGUCAUACUAGGCUGGCCUAAUAGUUGGCAACAAUCUGAAAACGACCGUUCAUGGCAAGUUUUCUUACAAACCAUUCGGAUUAUUUCAGCAGCUAAAAUGGCACUUAUUAUUCCUAAAGGAAUUAGAGCAUUUCCGGAUUCUGCAACAAAAUUAUCAGGUACAAUUGAUAUAUGGUGGAUAGUUCAUGAUGGUGGUAUCCUUAUGCUCAUCCCAUUUUUACUGAAACAACAUCGAACCUGGAAGAAUUGUAAACUAAGGAUAUUUACAGUGGCGCAAACAGAUGACAAUUCAAUACAAAUGAAAAAAGAUCUCAAAACAUUUUUGUAUCAACUUAGAAUACCUGCUGAAGUUGAAGUUGUAGAAAUGACAAAUUAUGAUAUCUCAGCCUAUACAUACGAACGAACUUUAAUGAUGGAGCAAAGAACCCAAAUGUUAAGAGAACUGAGGCUCAACAAAAAGGAAACUUUUGGAAUGAUGCGUAAUAUCAUAGAUUUCAAUCGGGAAACAUUGACUGGAGAGAAUACACCACUGGUACAAUCCAUUAUUGACCAACACCAUAGAAAAGACUUAUCGGAAGGAAGAUCUGCCACAAAAGUUCGUUUCCAAGAAGAAACAAAUGCCCAAGACAAAUCAAAAACCAUGGAUGAUUCCGCUGAAAAACGCGCAAAUGAUAAUGAAGAUAAACCUGGUGUACUUAAAGAUCCAACAAAGAAAGAAACUACUGAUUCGUCUACUUCAACAUUGAGGCCUGAUGAAGAUAAUGUAAGGAGGAUGCAUACUGCUGUGAAAUUAAACGAAAUCAUUGUGAGCCGAUCGAGGGAUGCUCAGUUGGUAAUAUUUAAUCUACCAGGCCCACCCAAAAACACAGAGUCUGAAAGAGAAUCAAAUUAUAUGGAAUUUUUAGAAGUAAUGACUGAAGGACUUGAUAAAGUGUUAAUGGUCCGCGGCGGUGGUCGAGAAGUGAUCACAAUUUACUCAUAAGUAUCCUGAAGCUCAUAUGUUGUCAAUCAGAUUAAGAUUAUUUUAUUAGUCGUUGUGCAUUGGACUACUUCUUGGGGUUGUGUUUAUUGUUAAUUUCCCUAAACUAAUUUCGUUAAGUAUAUUAUAGAGUUUUUAAUAAUUUAUUCAUACAUUUACAUAGUUAAGUUAAUUGUUUAAUCUUGCAUAACAAUAAAUGGUUCAUGUCAGUUUAAGAUAUUAUUCAUCAUUUAAAAUACCAAAAAAAACUCAAAUUGAAAUCAAAAUCAUGUUUAUUUAAAUAAUUAUUUUACUUUUGUAAAAAUAAAUUCACUGCCAUUUAAUAUCUUUGUGAUUAAAAUAUUAAAUCAAUAUUCUUAUUUAAUUACAGAAAAUUAAAAAAAAUUUGAUAUAAUAGAACUUUUGCUUCACUAUUUAUCCGUAUACUCUUACUCGAUAGUUAUAAGAACACAUUGUUUUAUAUUACUUGCCCAUAGACUUUAAAUUAAUGCAUUCAUUUAUUGUUUAAAAUUCUACUAUGGUAAAAUUUUUAACUUUUUACAAAAAAAAAUUGUUUAAUUAAUGUGACUCAUUAUUUUCAUGUAUUACUUAAUUGAACAUUUUUUAUAAAUUAUUAUCAAGAUUUCGACCUAUAAACUUAAUUUCCCAUUAAAACUUUUACUUUCUUAACUGUAUUUUGAAAUAUCUAUGUUUUGCCACAAUUAUUGUUAUGCAAAUAGAAUAUUUUAUUAAGUUUACUUUUUCA